AUGUCUCAGACAGAUAUAAAUAUUGACAAUGGUGACACGAGUGAAACUCAAGCAGAACCCGAAUCGCCAACGAUCGAUCCACGCACAUGGGUCGUCUUCAUUGCCCUUUGCCUGGCGGCGUUCUGCGUCAAUCUCAACGUUACCAUCCUCUCCACUGUCCUUCCGUUGAUUUCCCGCGAGCUGAAUGCCCAGUAUGACUUCAUCUGGAUUACGGCAUCCUUCAACAUUGCCGCGGCAGCUGUACAGCCCUUGUUCGGUCAAGCUGCGAACGUUCUGGGAAGACGAACUCCUAUGCUCGCAUCUCUAGCCCUUUUUACGCUUGGGAGUGGCGUGUGCGGUGGUUCGACCUCAAUAGGCAUGCUCAUCGCUGGCCGUUCGAUUCAGGGAGCCGGCUCUGGGGGGGUUAUGAUGCUACUUGAAGUGAUUACCGCCGAUCUAUUUCCUCUCCGUAUACGGGCGCAAUACUUCGGUCUCGUGCUGGCUUUCUGUAGUCUAGGGGUAACCCUAGGCCCAAUUGUGGGAGGCGCCGUGGUCUUACAAACCACAUGGCGCUGGGUAUUCUACCUCAGUGUUCCCUUCGGGGGCUUCGCACUGGUUCUGAGCGUCUUUUUCCUUCGCCUGAAAACUCCUCAAACCACUUGGCGAGCCAAAUUACUUCGCAUCGACUUCGUGGGAAAUGCAAUCUUCAUUGCGGCCACUACUUCUUUGCUUCUGGGAUUGAUCGAGGGCGGUCAAGUUUACCCAUGGUCAUCCUGGCGCGUCAUUGUCCCUAUCGUCCUCGGCGGCAUAGGGUUUGCCAUAUUUAUCGUCUUCGAAUUCUCGCCCUACUGCAAAGAACCCACUGUGUCUCCAACACUGUUCUCCAACCGGACCGCGGCCACAGGAUUUGUCAUCAUCUUCCUCUCAUGCUUGCUCCUCGACUGGGUGGUCUACUUUUUACCUUACUACUUCCAGACCAUGAAAGGGUCUACUGAAUUGCAAUCCGGGGUUGAAGUUCUGCCCUUCAGCAUCUUCCUUGUCCCAGUCGCAGGUCUCAAUGGCUUUUUACUGACCAAGUUCGGUCGUUAUAAGCCACUUCAUUGGGUUGGAUUCGGCAUAGCCGCCUUGGCCUUUGGUCUAUUCUCUACCAUGAACCCCGAGACCUCAAAGGUUGAAUGGGUGUUUUGGCAGCUCUUUGCAUCUUACGGUCUUGGAUCCUUGAUCACCGUCAUUCUCCCUGCAAUCCAGAAUUCUCUUCCGGAAGAUCAAGUUGCAACUGCCACUGGCCUUCAUGCUUUUUUCCGCUCGGUUGGAUUUGUAUGGGCCUUCACAGUUCCAUCCUUGAUCUUCAAUAACCAAGUGGAAGUCAACCUCGAUCGUGUCAUCACCAUCCCUUCUGUGCGGGCUGUUUUGGUGGGUGGGAAAGCGUUUAACAUGGCCAACAGUGAUUGGUUUCGAGGACUAUCUGGCACUGCCAAAGCAGAGGUCUUGAAUCUCUUUGGUAUCGCCAUGAAGAGAAUAUGGUACACUGCGCUUGCGUUUAGUCUCUUCGGAUUUCUCUUGGUAUUCCUUGAGAAACAUAUUAAACUGCGAGAGCAUCUGGAUACUGAGUUUGGACUCGAACCAAAAAAGUUAUCCAAUGAGAAGGAAACAUCUCCUUGA